AUGGACAGAUAUAUAAUAAUGGAAAAAAUUGGUGAAGGAGCACAGGGAAUAGUUUUGAAGGCACAUGAUACGGUAACAGAUAAAAACGUUGCAUUAAAAAAGUUACUUUUAAAAAGUAUUGAAAAUGGUAUAUCUAUAUCUAUUAUGCGUGAGAUGAAGAUUUUACAGCAAUUAAAACAUCAUAAUGUCAUAGAAUUACUUGAUGCCUUUCCUGUUGGAUUAGAUUUUAUAAUGGUUUUUGAAUACAUGCCAAUAAGUUUAUGGGAAAUAAUAAAAGAUAAUGAAACAGUAUUAACAUCAGUGCAAGUGAAAAUAUAUACAAAGAUGAUUUUAGAGGGUAUUGCUUAUGUACAUGAAAAGAAUAUAAUACACAGGGAUCUAAAGCCUGCAAAUUUAUUAAUAAAUGAAAAAGGUGUUUUAAAAAUAGCAGAUUUUGGUUUGGGAAGAUUAAUGUGGACAGAUAUGUCUAGACCAUACUCUCAUCAAAUUGCUACCAGAUGGUACAGAGCACCUGAACUGUUAUAUGGAGCAAGAUACUAUACAUCGGCUAUCGACAUGUGGUCUAUUGGUUGCAUUUUUGGUGAACUACUCAACAAAUCGCCUUUAUUUCCAGGAGAAACAGAUAUUGAACAACUGGCAAUAGUAUUAAAAUAUUUGGGAUCACCUACAUCAGAAACUUGGCCUGAGUUAAACACAUUGCCUGAUUUUAAUAAAAUUACAUUUCCAUAUCAUAAAGGAAUAGCAUGGGAGAAUGUUGUUGAGGAUGCAGAACCUGAAGCUAUCAAUCUUAUUAGUAAUAUACUUAUUUAUAAUUCGUCGAAGCGUUUGACAGCCAGUGAGGCAUUACGUCAUAUAUAUUUCCACACUAAACCUUAUGCUUCACUGAAAGAUGUAAUAAAAUCACCAUGUAAUCAUCACAAUCAGAUAAAACAAAAAGAAAUUAUUAUAAACACACAAGCUACCACACUCUUUGAAAAGUUGUUAGCCAUUACUUAG